AUCCGAUAUAGCGAUCUGUUUCGAAUUACAGGAUUCUUUAGACCAUAUUACAAGAAAGUACCGAAAUAUGUUUCAAUAUGCUUUAUAGCAUGACCUUGUUUUUAUCAAUGGUUAGCUAGGUCACUAGUCACUGAUAUCCGGUUUCAGAACUCUGAGUUAUGAACAGGUACGGUCGAUCUCCACCGAGAAUCGAUGGAAUGGUAUCGUUGAAAGUUGAUAACUUGGCAUACAGAACAACUAUUGAUGACUUGCGAAGAGUUUUCAGCCGAUUUGGCGAAGUUGGUGAUAUCUACAUACCUAGAGAUCCCUACACUUUCGAGAGUCGAGGAUUUGCUUUCGUUCGAUACUGCACUGACCGCGAGGCUGACUGUGCCAUACGCGGUAUGGAUGGCCAUAAGGUUGAUGGGAGAGAAGUCCGAGUCCAAAGAGCAAAAUAUGGUCGACCAACUCCAAACCGUCGAAGACGAUCGGUUACUCCACGACGUAAUGGACGGCGUUCUCGUUCUUUCUCGUCUGGUCGUGACAGGCGGUCACCACGUAGAAUGAACGAUCGAUAUCGUCUUCCUUCUUCUCCCCGACAUUAUAGUCGGUCGUUAUCAAGAGAACGACGUUGACUGCUGACGCUUAUUUAACUUGUUCAUUGUUUUUAUUGGUUUAUACAUAUAUAUCAUGAAUCUAUCAUCUAACUAAGCCUUUUGCUUUUCUUAUCAGCUAAUAUCCUGCCGAUAUGGAUUGCCUGUAUGCUAUGCUGAUACAUGGGAGAUUGCUGUUGUUCGCAGUGUCAGGCGAGACAGUUUUGAUCAGUUAGCUGUUUGCAGAUUUUUAACUCGGAGUUUAGCUGUUAAUCUGGAAACAUAGUUGUGCUGGUGUGCAGUUAAAUCUUUCCGGCAAAGCGGCUGUCUGAUGGUGAGACUAGCAGGUUUUGCUGUGGUGCUGUAGCUGUUCACACAUUGUGUUAUGGGGAUUAGUCGGUGUAGGUCUAAAGGUUGCUCUACAGAGUAACCAAGAUAGCCAAUUCUCAAAGCGUGAACAGAAUUUGCUUGCGGACAUUUGGCGUUGACAACCAAGGUUGUUCAUGCUGGUGGGUGUGUGAGCUGUGGGGGUGGUUACAUGACUGCAGCAGGAUUGCCGAAAAGUGGUGGUUCUAACCCCGUUCUUCGGGCCUAGAUUCUGGUUAUCCUGAUGCGUACGACGAUCGGUUACUCCACGACGUAAUGGACGGCGUUCUCGUUCUUUCUCGUCUGGUCGUGACAGGCGGUCACCACGUAGAAUGAACGAUCGAUAUCGUCUUCCUUCUUCUCCCCGACAUUAUAGUCGGUCGUUAUCAAGAGAACGACGUUGACUGCUGACGCUUAUUUAACUUGUUCAUUGUUUUUAUUGGUUUAUACAUAUAUAUCAUGAAUCUAUCAUCUAACUAAGCCUUUUGCUUUUCUUAUCAGCUAAUAUCCUGCCGAUAUGGAUUGCCUGUAUGCUAUGCUGAUACAUGGGAGAUUGCUGUUGUUCGCAGUGUCAGGCGAGACAGUUUUGAUCAGUUAGCUGUUUGCAGAUUUUUAACUCGGAGUUUAGCUGUUAAUCUGGAAACAUAGUUGUGCUGGUGUGCAGUUAAAUCUUUCCGGCAAAGCGGCUGUCUGAUGGUGAGACUAGCAGGUUUUGCUGUGGUGCUGUAGCUGUUCACACAUUGUGUUAUGGGGAUUAGUCGGUGUAGGUCUAAAGGUUGCUCUACAGAGUAACCAAGAUAGCCAAUUCUCAAAGCGUGAACAGAAUUUGCUUGCGGACAUUUGGCGUUGACAACCAAGGUUGUUCAUGCUGGUGGGUGUGUGAGCUGUGGGGGUGGUUACAUGACUGCAGCAGGAUUGCCGAAAAGUGGUGGUUCUAACCCCGUUCUUCGGGCCUAGAUUCUGGUUAUCCUGAUGCGUACGGAAUGACCUUAUAGCUUGUUCAAUAAAAAUAAUUUUACUGUACAUUAAUUUUAUAUACUGCAACACGUAUAUUGUACCAUAAAUAUCAUUGACAUUGAAAUGUUUAUGUAUAUAAAUAUUUAUAUCUAUUAUAAAAUACGCCGAUGUAUCAGGAAGAAAUCUACUCAUACGAUGAUGAUGACCAUGGUAAAACUAUAAAUGAAGAAACAACAUUGAAACGAUAGCAAGUAUUUAUAUCUCAGAAUAAUGUUAGAUAUAUACUAUGUUGUUUAUUUAUGUGCUAAUAUGUUUCAACGAUACAUAGAUCCUAGUCUUCUUAUACUAGAUAUAACAUUAAGAACGAAAAUAUUAAUUCUUUUAUUAUAAACAAAUGUUCAUAUGUUAAUUCAUAAAACAUACACUUUAUAGAAAUGAAUUAGGCUCUGGUUCAUCUUGUGCAUUACUUUCAUCAACUGAAAUCACAUCAAAAUCACUCUCUCUAUAUAUAAGUGGACAGUAAACAUGUGAAAAUGUCAAACCAACACCAUGUGAAUCAGAAUCAAUUAUUGAAUGAGUACAAGUUUUUGAAUUUGUUAUCGCACUAUUACUGUUCUUACUAGUACUACUAUUAGUACUAUUACUAAUAUUAUCAUUACUUUUAUUAUAAUAAUCUUUAUUAUUAUUAUUACUAUUGCGCAACAUAUUAAGAUUUACACAAUGUAUAGUAUUUUGUUUUGCAUUAUUAAUCAUAUCUUCUUUACGCUUAUCAUAAUUCUGAACAUAUUGCU